GUUUUCAUUAUCUUAUGACUUAUUUAUUGUUUAUUUUAAUGUUAAUUGGCUUUGCACUUCAUAUCAUAUUUAGAUUAUCAUCUUAUCGUACAGAGGUAAUAUACAAUUUCGAUGGCAUUCUCAAAGUGUAAGAGCGGUACAGCGAUAGUAGAAGAAACCCGACUUUCGGAUCCUCAACAUAGUAUUAAGGGGCCUGCAGAGUUACUGAGGGAACCUACAUUAGAAGAAGUAGCCUCUUACAUAAAGGAAAUCAAACCUUUAAAAAUAGUAGUGAUAUCAGGCGGAAGGAUAUCCACCCCGCUCGGCAUCCCUGACCUUCGAAGCCCUGAUGUAGGAUUUUAUCACGCCCCUUUCGAUGGGGAAUGUUACUGCUGCGACGUUUUGGACAGGGAGUACUUUAUAAAAAAUCCUGCUCCUUUAUAUCAACUUACAUCUUUCAUUUUGGAACAAACUUAUCGACCAACGUUCAGUCAUUAUUUCAUCUCAUUCCUAGAGCACAAGAAGUUGCUCCUGAAAAAUUACACGCAGAACAUGGACGAUUUAGAAAAAAUAGCAGGGGUUACCAGAUAUACACAGGUUUACGGCAGCUUCUAUUCAUUCGUGUGCAUCAAGUGUAAAAAAGAAUAUUCCGUAGAAUGGGCCCAAAAACGGCUUUUUAUGAAGAAGAUAAUGAUGUGCACGAAUUGCGCUUCGCUAAUAAAACCUAACAUAUUAUUGAACGGGGAAGAAUUUCCAUUGGAUAUUCAUGAAGAAUUUGAAGAAGAUAUGAAGAAUUGCAAAUUGUUAAUAGUUCUAGGCUCCACCCUGAGUACUGAACCUUCGGCCACUAUAUUGCGUGGAAUCGAUGUUAAAUUUCCCAGAGUCUUCAUAAAUGACGUGGAACCAUACGAUUUCUCCGAUUAUCAUUUCUAUUGUGAUCACGAGCACAACGAUGUUAUGUGGUUAGGCGACAUCGAUAGCACCUGCAAGAAACUAGUAAAACUGAUGGGAUGGUGUCAGGAACUGCAUGAGUUUGCGGAAGAUAAAUUGAUGGAACCAGGAGAAUGUGAGACAAAUAUUUAACAAAUAUUUUUAAUCACUUAAUGUGAUUAUCACAUUUACCAAUUCUGAGCUAAUAUAAUUUAAUCAAGUAUCUCUUCACUAACUAAUUGUAUCAAAUAUCAUAUUUGCGAUUUCUAAAUUUUCCAUUACAUCUACGCAUUGACAUUUUAUUUUGUUUAUGUUGAAAAUAAAAUAAUUCUUCGGUAUAGGAGGAGA